AUGACGCUUCAGCCUACAGGGCCGGCCAUGGGCCUUUUCCUUCUUUCAGUUAUUUUGCUCACGUUCUCAUGGAUCACCAUGGGUUUGCGCAUCUGGGUGCGCACGAGUAUCAGAUCGAUGGGGCUCGACGAUUAUAUGAUGGUUGCUGGCUUAAUUGCUUACACGGCAGCAUGUGUCUCAACCAUUGCAGGAUCUUUGAAUGGGGUCGGGUCUCCGCCAGAGAUGAUUACAGACUACUACGACAAGCAGGGCAGGAUGUGGUUCAUGUUCUUCCAGCUCUUCUAUGUCCUUUCGACCGUUCCUAUCAAAGCAAGUAUUUGUAUAGCAUUACUUCGCAUUACAAACCAAAAGAUUUAUCACUACAUCAUCUACGCCGUCAUUGCUUUAUCAACCAUCGCUGCUGUGGUCACUGAUAUCGCCGUGCUCGCUUGGUGCAAACCUGUCUCCGCCACUUGGGACCCAAGCCUGGGGUCAUGCGCCGACGCCUCCCUGAUUACCAACGUUUCUUAUUAUAUUUCGGCGACUUCGAUCCUUACAGACUGGACCACCGCGAUCUUGCCUGCCGUCAUAUUAUGGGAUGUCCAACUUCACUACAGAAUAAAGGUUCCAGUUAUGAUUCUUUUGGGGUUUGGUUUCGUUGCUAGUACUGCGACACUCGUCCGUUUACGAUACCUCCUUGCCUACAACGCCACGGAAGCCUACCUCCUCAACAUUGCACACAUCGCGAUUUGGUCCAUAACCGAGUCGGGACUGGGCCUGAUUGCCGGCUCCAUGGCCACACUGCGCCCAUUGCUCAAGUACAUCCCAUGGCUUGGUUCCAUAUCAUCAUCCAGCGGCGGUGCCACAACAAAGUCAGGAAAAAGUCGGCAACCGGGAGCCAGCUCACACAGGAUGCAGUCACUAGCCCACCGCAGCGAAAAUGCCACGUUUCAUACCACAGUAUCGAUCAGUGACAUCUUGUAUUACCAGAUGUACCAGAUGUUUAAAUUGUUAUCUAAUGAGUAG